AUGAGCAAUGUCACGAUUUUGGCCAUCACGCCCAGCCUCAAGUCAUUCAUCCUUACCGUUGUCUAUUACCAACAGAAUGGCUUGAUGGUGGCUUGCUGCAAAGGUUUCGUGGACAUUAUAUAUGGGCUCCACACCUGUCCCUUUAUAGACAUAAAUCACCAGGACAAUGAAGGCAACACUGCUCUGAUGAUUGCAUCCCAAGCAGGUCAUGUCAACACAGUCAUGUAUCUCCUAAACUACUUUGCUGAUAUAGACACUGAAAUAAAGGAUUGUCGCGGUUUCACAGCACUCAUCAAAGCUGCUAUGACCGGCCGCAAUGAUGUCAUGGCUGCCCUUCUUAUGGCUGGGGCUCACAUACACGCACUAGACUCCACAAGAGGACAAUGCACUCGGGACUGGGCACUGAAAACAGGUCGCUAUGAGACCGUGUUACGUCUCCGCCGCCUUAGUAUGCGGCCAAAAGCUGAGCAGUGCUGUGAAAGUUAUGUCCCUGAGUGGCCUGAGCUCCAGGAGAGGGUAGCAAAGGCCACAGCUGACAAAAGUGCCAGACAAAAAAUCACCCAGCGGAUCAAAAACACAUUCGGAUUCAGAUUUCCACGUAACCCGCAGGACAACGGGGCCUUGGACCACAUGGUGCGCAUUACCACCAGUGUCCACAGUCCCCUAAUUUCAACUGGAUGCCGUCCGCUCUGCCCGACAAGUCCUCCUGAGGUGGGGAAGAGACGCAUGGCUGUGCCAGAGCUGAUGAAGAAACACCCAGCUAAGGACCUAGAACAGAGCUCAGUGUGCCACAGCAAUGGCUCAGUGUCACACAUCAUUCCCACAAUCCAGUGCAGUGCCGAGAUGGAGCGGCGAGGCAGCAUGCUCUCAUUAGCUUCCACCAAAGUUACGACCACAUUCAUUUCCCGGACUAUGGCGAGAAGGAACAGCGUGUUCCCAUCUGGCUGCAUCCCCAAGAUCGAUGUCAGCAGGCCUUCAGACGCAACGCCAAAGAAAGAAAAGAAGAAGAAGAAGAAGGCCAAGAGCUUAUUAGAACCACCCAAGUGGAGCUAG